GGGAUGGCGGUGCUGCGGCCUUUCGACAAGCUCCCGAUGCUCAACUCCUGCGUCAUCCUGCUCGUGGGCUCGGACGAGGCGAUCCAGCAGAAGCUGGCGGAGGCGAUGCUCCAGGAGAAGAGGAACUUCAACGUCAGCAUCCACCUUGCUACAUCCCUCCCCUUGCCUUCGGAGAGGGAUCAUCUUCGACCCAGGAUAGAUAUGGUUGUGUUUAUGAUUGACAUCAAGAGCAAGUACAGCUUGAAGAAUGUCGAAACUUCCCUAGCUCAUGUGGAUGCCAGCUUCUUCCUGGGGAAAGUGUGCUUUCUUGUCACUGGGGUUGGCAGGGUGAAUGCUUGCAGCAUUGAGACGAAUGCAGUCUGUAAAUUAGCAGAAGCCUACUGCAGUCCUGUGCUAUUCUGUGAGCUGGAGUUGGAAGGGGUUCGAGCUGCUACUGCUCAACGACUUCUUCGAAUGUUACAGAUCUGUGCUGGUCACAUACCAGGAGUUUCUGCCUUGUCCCUUGUUUCGCUGAUGAGGAACUAAUGUUGAUUUGCUUCUCAUUGUGAUACUUCAGACACAUUCAUCAGGUUUUUUUCAUGUCAGGCAUUCAAGCUGCUGCAGUUGGCAUCACAUUGGGAGGCUUUUUUUUCCUGACUUGUCAUGACCACUCAUCCAGAACUGUUCCUAGUUGCUUACCUCUCAAGAAAAGUUAAAUUCCUAUCCGUUAUUACAUCUGAAUCCCAUUUCAUGAUCAAGUCUGAGGUUUUUUCCACUUGGCCAGUGGCCAGGAGCUACAUGUUUUCUGAGAGAAUAUUAGAAGAACAGGCUACUGUCUCCAAAACACCAGAGAAGAGGCAGCAGGCUCCUGCUUUCUUUCAGUUGAAAUGCAGCACCUUAGUCUGAUGUGAAACCUUGCUGCCAGGUUUUGUCUGUCCACCAAGAGAAGAAUGGGGAAGGAAGGCUGGCCUGCCAGCUUCCAGAUAGACUGCACUUGGUAGUUAAUGAUCCAACUGUGUGAGCAUCUGCCCAGCAAAGGACUCAGUAUUUCCAUGCCUGGUACCUGAUUGGGAAGUAAGGGACUAAAUAAGAUAAUCAAUCUAGCACUUUAGCUUUCUUUUAGAUCCUUGAAGAAAAAGACUCCACCUGUCAAGCCCAAGACAGCCCCAGUAACACAGCCCAUGGGGCUGCCCAGAGGUGAAACCCGGCAGACCAGACCACAGCAGCACACAGGAAACGUUGUCUCGGCUGCUUUGCCAUAUGCUGUGUAAAAUCCCUUUACUACCAGGUUCUGACCAGCAGUAAGUCGUGCCUUGUGCUUACUACAAGUCACUAAGU